GCCGUUGGCUACCAACCACAAUGGCCAACGAGAAGCCGCCACUAAACGUCCUCAUCGUUGGCGGCGGGCUCGCCGGCCUCGCUGUGGCCCUGGUGCUCCAGCAAGAUGGCCACAGCGUCACCGUCCUGGAAGCGCAACCGCCGGUCCUCGACCCGGCCAUGCAGGGCGCCGGCAUCCACCUGCCGCCCAACGCCACCCGGCUCCUGCGCCGCUGGGGCGUCGACCUGGACGACGUCCCCAAGUCCGUCUGCGCGCGGCCGCGGGCGUGGCUGGUGCAGGAGCGCGGGCGGGCGCUGCGGGCGGCGCUGGAGGCUGGGGACGAGGCAGGGGUGGGCGGCGGCUCCGUGCUGUGGGCGGACGAGGAGCAGAGGGCGUGGCUGUUUGGGCACGAUGCGGAUGCUUCCGUCUGAGGGGAUCUGGAUGUGGCAGGGUGCGGGGGACGUUGGGCAGCGCGUUUGGCAGAGCGUGUGACGAAAUUGUGGGUGUCGGGGCAAGUUAUGGAAGGUGGGACUGUCCAUAUUUUUUGUAAAUGAACGCGCAGAUAUGGCCGGACCACGAGAAGACGGCACUGUUGUUAGGAUGGGUGAGAAUCAUCUGCCUUGUGUCAGGAUUUUUGACAGGCAUGC